AUCGAGCUUCCCCAAAAGAAGAAAUGGACCGAAGAAGAGAGAGCCGCUCUCGCCCAAAAGCUUGACGAUGAUCUCGAUCGGUUCAUGGAAGAAAUGGCAGCCAAAAAAGCAGAGAAACAAGAACCGCGGAAACCAUUCGAUUUCGAUGAGUGGUGUAAAGAAAUUGAUCAACAUCCAGCUUUUAUGAAAGAACUGCCCAAAGAUGGAAAGUAUCAAGAUACUAUUGAAGCUCUUCAGGCUAUGAAAUACGACAAAGAAGACGAUGAAGAUAAGCAACAGAAUGCUGAACAUCAUAAAAACGAAGGAAAUAAGCACUUCAAAUUUAAAAAGUAUCGUUGGGCAACAGACUGUUACUCUAAUGGCAUCAAAGAAAACUGCCCUGAUCGUAAACUAAACGCCUUGCUUUAUUUCAACCGUGCUGCUGCUCAGAAACAUAUCGGGAACCUCAGAUCAGCCAUCAAAGACUGUUCGAUGGGACGAAAGUUUGAUCCCACGCAUUUAAAAGGUGUUAUUCGGGGAGCCGAGUGUCUUCUCGAGUUAGAAUACGCCAAGGAUGCGAUGAACUGGAUUGAAAGCAGUAAACGAAUUUUCGCUUUCACAAAAGAGACUUCUGAAACUCCUGACCUAACAGACGAUGAGAAGAAGUAUAUUGAUGAAUUGGAGAAGGUACGAGUCAAAGCUGUGGAACUGUCACUGAAGGAAGAACGGGAUAAGCGGAAAUCCAGAGCCGAGGAAAGAAAGGAAACCGAAGCAAAGAAGAAACUUCUAGAUGCAUUGAAAGAGAGAAAUCUCAAUUUGAGUCCGAGAGUUCCUUUCGAUCACCCCGCACUGAUGGAUAUGGCACGUCUUACUGUUUCACUUCCAUUGAUGCACACGCAUGAGUGUGUCAAAUUCGACGAUGAUUCCAAUCUUGUAUGGCCGAUUCUACUGCAAUAUCCAGAAGCUGGUCAGACAGAUGUGCUCACUGAAACCAAUGAAACAACUGCACUUGGAGAGCUUUUGCAAGAAGUACUACGCGAACCAGCUCAGUGGGAUCCCGAACACAAAUUCAAAUUUGACAACGUCCGAUUUUUCAUCUCCGAUCAGUACGAUGAAUAUUUGAUGGAAGUUUAUGAGUGGAACGACUUCAAGACGAUUCUUAGUAUGCCAGGCAAUCUAAUCAAACAAGGCCUGCCUGUGAUAAUGAUUAUGACCAAGGAACAAGCUGAUAAAUCACUGGAAGCUCUGGAAGAAGGGCAAAAUAAAUUUGUUGCCAAAUAA